AAUUUCGAAGUAUCUUUCUACUCCGUAGCCUCACGACCCUACCCCGAGCAGCCACCAGGCUCUGCGCCGCCCUCCUCCUUUUGAUUAUACCCCUCUUCCCAAGCCGAAGAAGGCUGCUCGUCAACUCCAUCCGCUCACACACACCAAACAUCAUGGCGGGCGCACCCGGCACGUCUGCUAAGAUAGACGAGGCGCGGCACGAGCACCCGGUCAAGGAUGCCACCAUACCGCCCAUGGACGAGAAGGACGCGGUAGCUGCCGUCCAGGCCGGUGGCUGGGAGGUCGACGCGCUCAUCAGCGAGUUGGAGACGGAGCUCGAGGCACAAGGCGGGUUGCGCAAGGGAAUCUUCCACCCCGAGUUCAAAGACCCUAGGCACUUCACCUGGGUCAUCGUCGCCUUCGCGUCCAUGGGCGGUCUGCUCUCGGGCCUCGACCAGUCCCUCAUCUCGGGUGCCAACCUGUAUCUGCCCAAGGACCUGGGCCUGGAUACGAGGCAGAACAGUCUCGUCAACGCGGCCAUGCCGCUCGGUGCUGUCGGCGGUGCCUUGAUCCUCUCGCCCAGCAACGAGUGGUUUGGUCGACGCUGGUCCAUCAUUAUCUCCUGUAUCCUUUACACUGUUGGUGCGGGGCUGGAAGCUGGCGCCAUCAACUACGGCAUGAUGAUCGCGGCACGUGUCAUCCUCGGCAUGGGCGUCGGGUUAGAAGGCGGCACCGUGCCCGUCUACGUGGCCGAGACGGCUGAGCGCAGGAUCCGGGGAAAUCUCGUCUCGUUGUACCAGUUCAACAUCGCCCUGGGCGAGGUGCUCGGCUAUGCGGUGGCCGCUAUGUUCCUGCACGUUCCGGGGAACUGGCGGUACAUCCUGGGCUCGUCGCUCGUGUUCUCGACCAUCAUGUUCGUGGGGAUGCUGUUCCUGCCCGAGUCGCCACGCUUCCUAAUGCACAAGGGCCGCACCCUGGAGGCGUACAAGGUGUGGAAGCGCAUCCGCGGCAUCGAGAAGCGCGAGGCGCGCGAUGAGUUCUUCGUCAUGAAGGUGUCUGUGCUGCACGAGCGACAGGUGGUCUCCGAGAGCGCCGUCAACAAGCGCUUCCCCUGGCUGGACUUCUUCACCGUGCCGCGGGCGCGGCGGGCCUUGGUCUAUGCCAACAUCAUGAUCCUCCUUGGCCAGCUGACGGGCGUCAACGCCAUCAUGUACUACAUGUCGGUCCUUAUGAACCAGAUCGGCUUCGAUGAUGAGAAGGCCAACUACAUGUCGCUUGUCGGCGGCGGGUCUCUCCUAAUUGGCACCAUCCCGGCGAUCUUCUUGAUGGAGAAGUACGGCCGCCGUUUCUGGGCCAACACCAUGCUUCCAGGUUUCUUCAUCGGCCUGGUCGUCAUCGGCGUCAGCUACCAGAUCCCGCUCGAGACGAAUCUGCGAGGGGCCGAGGCAUGCUAUCUCAUCGGCCUGAUCCUGUACAUGGGUUUCUUCGGGUGCUAUGCAUGCCUGACAUGGGUCGUCCCAUCCGAGGUGUACCCGACAUAUCUGCGGUCGUACGGCAUGACGACCUCGGACGCGCUGCUGUUCCUGGCGUCGUUCAUUGUCACAUACAACUUCUCGGCCAUGCAGGAGGCCAUGACGCGGACGGGGUUGACGCUGGGGUUCUACGGCGGCAUUGCUGUUGUUGGAUGGUUCUACCAGCUGCUCUUCAUGCCCGAAACCAAAGACAAGACGCUUGAGGAGAUCGACCUGCUGUUUGAGCGGCCCACCGGCGAGAUUGUGGCUGAGAACGUGAGAAACAUCGGCCAGUCGUUGCGCAAUUUCUUUACCGGCAACUGGGGAUCGAAGGGUGCGACUGAGGAGCCUGAUCGGAGGGAUCUGGCAUCGGAGAAGGCCAAGGCCGAGGCUGUUUAGUCUCCACUACCCGUACAUAGAGAAGACACAUGCAGAGGGAAGCGUGACGUCAAUAUAAUGUGUUAUAACGCUGAUACUGGGCAAUGCAUGACUUUAUGAAGUAGAGGGUUCGAGAUUCCUUCUGAAUCCAAUCGGUGUCUGCUGGCUAUUCGCAACUCGUGUGCUGUUUUGUUCAGUCGAGGCCACAUUAUCCGGCUUACUUGCCGUGGUUGUUGAAGAUUGAUGAAAAGAGUCCUGGAGCUGACUGGAAGCUGACCAUUUUAA